AGAGUUCAUAAAAGACGCUGUUCGUGAUUUGUCACUCCGUACUGUGCGGACCGACCACCGUGUGUGCUGCUGUUCCCACCGCCGUCUGCAAUCCCACAACCACUUCGCCAUGACGCGCUGGAUCCUGGCGCUGCUUCUGUGCGCCUGUUUGGCAGUCGCCCUUGCGGAUGAUGCCGAAUUCAAAGAUGGAGCCAUUGUUAUCGACGACGAGGUUUGCGAGAAACUGGCGGCUCAAGUGAAAUCAGAAAAGAGCAUAUUGGGUGUUGGCCCCAAACACUGGUACUGUAACCCGACACUUGAGAGGAAAAAAGAGCAGUACUGUACCUGUUCAGUCGUGCCGAGGGAAAGAGAUGCCGACCGAGCAGAGUUUCUGGAGCCAGAGGAGGCUGGCGGGUUCCUGAAUCGUUCCAAGCGAGAUCUCAACCACGAGUGUUGUGACGAGGGUUGCGUCUGGGAGGAGGUCGAGGAGCAUUGCCAUUAGAGACAUCGAGACAAGAGAUUGGUUCUCAUUUUGAAUUAAAUUAAUCAUUUACCUUUCAAUUUCUUUCGAGCGGGCAACGUUUACUUCGCUGUUACAAAUCUACUCAAAUAUUAUUUGCAGAAAUGAAGAUUCCUGCUGUCCAGAGAAUUGUGUUUACUGAGAUGUAGCCAAGUUUUCCGCCAUCUUUGCUUCAUACUAUUUCAUUCACCGGGACAAACAAAUUGUGUCAAAAACAUAAGCAAUCCUCUUCUAUCGACUACUUGAAGAACUAAACAUGCCUUCCUAUGAAUUUUUUGAUUAUUUGUGGUGAUGGGCGAUUAGCAUAUUUUAUUUGUACAACUGUAAAUACAACCGCAGCAAAUGUUUAUAUUUGGAAUGUAAAUAAAUACUUUUACACAGACCUGAA